AUGGCUGCCGGAGAGCAUCCAGACCAUGCGACUGCGCGGCUCCGCCGUUCUCCGCGGCAGCGCCGGGAGCGCGCGAAUGCCUACCCGUCCUGGCCCGCCCCGCCCCCCUUUGCGUACUCCAACCUGAAAGAGCCGCUGGUGCGAAAUAGCGAGGGCCGGCUUCGGGUCGGCGUUGGCAGUCGAGAUUCUUUCUCCGACGAAGAGAUGCUCCGGGUAAAAAAUCUGCACCUAGACUGGUUCCCUGUACGGUACGAUCAAAAUUUCUACGAGGACGUGCAAAGGGGGAAGGUGCUGUCCAUCACGGCGCAUACGAACAGCACGCCAGAAGGUGAAAGCGCAAAGAAGAUUGUGGGCCUUCUGUGCCUCCGGUACGACUUGGCGGCCAGGGCCGACGUUCCGCUCGCCUUGGGUCUCGGCCCGAGGUUUCUGUACAUCGCUACCUUGGGUGUGGCGCAGCAGGCCCGGGGAUUGGGAUUGGCAAAAGCGUUGGUGCAGCACGGUUUAAACAUGUUUGAACCGGGGCGGAGCUGCAGUGCAUCUACUUCGGGAUGUACAACAGCAGCCUCUAGCUCCGUCGAAGUCGGACUUUCCUCGUCGUGCUGGGAUAAUAGUAGCGCGAGGAGAAUAACGCACGUGAGAGGUACAACAAGUCAUGAUGACACCAGUGGAAGAGCAGUUGAAGAUGUGCACCCCGCAACAUUCGUGAAAGCGGACGAAGGCAACGGGAGCUGCGAAGCGACCACCAUUCAGUUUGCGCCAGCGAAGACAGACGCGCAGAGGUUUUUGGAAAAUACAGGGCAGAGGAGCGACUUUGUCGGAAUAUAUCUGCAUGUCAUCAGUUUCAACACGCAGGCACAGAGGCUGUAUGAAAAAAUGGGCUUUCAGUUUUACCGCACGCAGCGCGAUUUCUAUUACCUGAAUGAUCGGCACUGGGACGCUUACACGUAUGUAUACUUGUUUGACAAGAAAGCACACGGCGAUUUGAGUGGAUCCAGGAUCAGAUGAAGGACAGUAGAGCAUGUGAGCUACAUUGAGAAAACCAAGUUUGGUGAAAGAUAUCGCGCAAGUGCGCAGACAGCGACAAAAUACAUCAACGAAG